UGGCUUUGCCUUUCAGGGACGUCGACCUGUUCCUGAUGGGAUGUUAUCGACUUCUGUUGCCUCAUAGUCCUUAACGCCAGCAUGGAGAUCAUCCAAGCUUCCUUGCUGCCUCAGGAAGCUCCGACAGCGACCUGGACCAACAACUCUGUCCCCGCCGACUCCCAUUUCCUGUUCCUCUCCACUCCCUCUGAACCACGUCUGAGCUUCUCACCAACUGACGGCACUUUGCUCUUUAACUCCAGUCACAACGGCACCAAACCUGAAUCGCUGCCCGGUUUGGCCGGAAUUUUCAUUCCUCUUAUCUAUGGGAUAGUGUGUAUCGUCGGCCUGGUGGGAAACACUCUGGUCAUCCAUGUUAUAGUCAACUACACCAAGAAUGAAUCAGUCACCAACAUUUACAUUCUCAAUUUAGCCAUUGCGGACGAGCUGUUCAUGCUGGGUCUGCCCUUCUUGGCGGUGCAGAACGCCCUGCUGUCCUGGCCCUUCGGCUCUCUAAUGUGCCGUGUGGUCAUGACGGUGGACGCCAUCAACCAGUUUACCAGCAUCUUCUGCCUGACGGUGAUGUCCGUGGACCGCUACCUGGCUGUGGUGCACCCCAUCCGCUCCUCCUGGUGGCGACGCCCUCACGUGGCCAAGGCUAUCAGUGCCACAGUUUGGGCAGGGUCCUUUGUGGUGGUGCUGCCGGUGGUGGUAUUUGCUGACGUGCUGAAGGACGAUGGGAACUGCAGCAUCGUGUGGCCGGAGCCAGCAGAGGUGUGGAAGACAUCUUUCAUCGUGUACACGUGCACUGUUGGAUUUUCCUGCCCCCUGCUGGUCAUCUGCUUGUGCUACCUGCUGAUUGUCAUCAAGGUGCGAAGUGUCGGCAAGCGGGUGCAGGCCUCAUCCUCUCGAAGCAGGAAGUCGGAGCGUAAAAUCACCCAGAUGGUCGUUGUUGUGGUGGCGGUGUUUGUCCUCUGCUGGCUACCGUUCUAUGCUCUGAACAUUGUCAACCUCCUGGUGGUCCUGCCAGGGGACUUCAGGGGGCUCUACUUCUUCGUUGUCGUGCUCUCGUAUGCAAACAGCUGUGCCAACCCCAUACUGUACGGGUUUCUGUCUGACAACUUCAAGAGAGGCUUCAGGAAGGCCCUGUGCCGCACUUCACGCAGGGUGAAGAAUGACAGGGCCUGCACGGAGGUACGGCGGCCCACGGAGGAGUGGGGCGGCAUCGUGCUUCAAACGCACAAACGUGAAGGAGCCAGCAAUGAUCAAAGGAGGGAGUGUGGUGACGAAGAGGAGGCAGAAAUCAAUGGGACAGAAGGGGCCAUACAGAUGACUGAAAUGUGCAAAAUGUCAGAAGAUGGCGUUACAGAGGGCUCAAGGACACAGGUCGUGCAGAGGGGCAAGCCUGAGCCGGAACACUCUGGUCAGAGCGCGAAACACGGAGAACUGACGGGAAAGGGUCACGGCUCCGGUCCUCCUGAGUCCAGUAAAAUGAAAAACAGCCGGUCACAGCCUGAAGAAUUCCUGGACAAUAGCUCUGUGCUGGAAAUCAGUUAUCUGUGACAGGGUUCGGCACACGCCAUCCAAACAGCUUCUCACAGACAUUUGAAUCGGAUGUGAAAUAUUACAAAGAACAGCAGAUUGUGACAAAGAGUCUUUUUGAAAUGUAAGACGAAUGUGAUGUGAUGUAUAGAUAGUAAGAACACGUUUAAAUAUCUGACAGACAAAGAAAAUUGCCAAAAGUAUUAUGAAGUACAGUGUGUUGCUAUUGUUGUAAAUAAGACACACAGCUCCUCCUGAGAACUUGAGGAAAAUGUUCCGACUUCUUCUUAAUGACGCUAUUGAUGCGAUUCCAACACAUUUCUCUUUGGCUCAGUUGGCCCGGUUGUACGUGUCGUUUCCUCGGCAAUGUGAAGCCAUUAAUGUUGUGGGUGGAGCUUCUGAAGGAGACACUGAAUUUGUGUGUUUAAUAAGCUGCUGAGUUCAAGUGUCAACAACCUCCAGAGACAAUCACUCCUGACUUUCCUUUUGAGAUGAAUUUGUUUUCAAAUGUUGUGCUGUGAACUGCAUGUAGAUUUAGGUGUGUGUAUUUUCAACAUAAAUCCUUAUUAAACAUAAAAAUGAAGAUGACGAAGGAAGAUAAUACAGAUUUAAACCUUUAGACGUGGAAUAAUCUCACCAUGAGAGUUGAGAGAAUCCUUUCUUAUUUGGGCUUUUACAUUGAUUCAAUUCUUAGAAGACCCAACGUCAUAAAAUGUCAUUUAAGCAAAGAUAUUUACUACAAAUAUAGACACUAGAUUUGUUUUGAUGGUUGAAAUUGUUGUGUUUUUUGCGGUGUUUAGUGAAAUCUGUAUAAAGGCCAGUGUGUCAUACCAGUGUUUGUAUUGAGAUGUAUUGUCAGUCGUGUUGUGAGAACUUUGGUGAAGAACUAAAGCGAGUGUGCUGAAUAAAUGUUUACAGUUUUUAAUUGUACUUCACUUCAACUACCGCACACAUUACCUGCCUGUGUGUAGUAUGUAAUAUCAUGACAUGUAUGUA